AUGCCACUUUCGAAGGGGGUGCGACGAGACAGUCGCCAAAGCUGUUUACCGCCGUUUUGCAGUUGUGAUGAAAAUACUGGAUUGGAACGGGAGAGAAGACGUUGUCUCUUCUCGAAAAAUAUAAAUGAAGAGUCGAUGUUGAAAGAACUAAACGAACGAGGAUCAGGAAAUGGAAUUAGAAGGCUCUCCUAUGGCGGAGACGUCUUCUUACGUAUAUGUAAGGCGUUCGAUGAACAUGGAGAACGAUCUGGAACAAGAAUUAAACAAGAGGCGAAGGCAGCUUGGGUCGCCUUCGGCCAAGCAAUCCACAGACCAGCUGACGGAUCCAGAGCUCCGAGUCCACCUGCCCGAUUCAACAGUACAUUGUUGCGCAGCAGAGCAUAG